AUGGCAGCCGAGGGACCCCAACUGACCCCUGUCGGGGAGAAGUCCCUACCAGCAAAAUGCAAAGCGCGGGCCAUGGCGUACUGUCCUACGAUGGACCUGAUUGCGCUGGCAACCGAGGAUGAGGAAUUGCGCGUGUUUAGACUUAAUGGGCAGCGAGUGUUUGGGGGAUCUUUCGGUGGAGAUCCCUACCUAGGCGAGGAUGAGGAGGAUGGCGAAAUUAGAGGGAUGGCGUGGAUGGGUAAUGGUCGUCUGCUCGCUGUCGCGUGUGGAGAUGGUUCUCUCCGCAUUAUCAAUUCGUACAGCGGCAAGACAGUACACCACUACCAGACUUACCAGCAGCGAGAUGAACUCGUCUCAUACUCUGAGAGUUCGAUGCCCAAAGCAACGUGUGUAUCAUGGGGCGUCAAUUUCACCGACAGCAAAGCCGCACAGCGGCUAUUGCACGAGUCUGCGGGCCAGGUCUCCGUCGACGACCUUCUCACUCCGGGAGUGUAUCCUUCAAAAGCAAGUGCUAUGCUGAAAGCAGAUUUGCCCAGAGAACUUGCAUUAUUGGACAUUGAAGGCUCGUUGCCGAAAUUGAGCACUCUGCCUGCAACUGGAGGCGACGACGACGUCUUCAGCUCUCGGGCAUCGCUGGAUUCCAUCUUCCAUUCUUCAAAGGAUACCAAUGACUCGGUAGACGUACUUUCCGUUGGAUUUGACGACGGCACUGUUCAUCUGCGUAUCUUUAAUUGCUUUGAGAUCGGCUCUUUCCCCAUCGGUAAUUCUCCUGGUAUCCCCGACACAUGCCGUAUCUUACGGCAUGCUUCCCACUCCUUGAGCUCCACGCAUGCACUGCUGGCAUCACCAGCCAAGGGAGAGGAUCGCGCUCCUCUCGAGUUGAUCACAAUGGAUCUGCGCUUUAUCACCAAGUCUGGGAGAUAUCUAUCUGUUCUUGCAUCCAAGACCACACAGCUUCAGAACUUGCUGCGCUAUAUUGGCCAAGUACAGCGGCAAAUUGAGCUUGAAUGGAAAAAUGCUCAGGAACUUCCUGCAAGAUUCUUGCGCAACAUCAAUAUGGAUUUACAGGAGAAAUGCCAGUGUGAUUUCAUCACUGCUAUCUAUCAUCUCGUGAUCACUGGUCAUUGUUUUGAGCCUUUGAGAGAGUUCCUUACAGAUAUCAUUGGAGACAGAGGACAUAAGAGAUGGGAUAAAGCUGUCGCAGGCGGAUAUGAGAACAUUCGGCGACAAACACACGAGUGCCUUCUUCCGGCGCUCGAACGCAGUCAAGUACUUCUUAGCCGAUUGGUUGGGUUAUCCAAAUUUCACAAGCUGAGCGAUGUCCUCGGGCUUGAUACAACCAAGCUCAACGCUAUUGGGGAAACACUUGAUUGCCUUCAUCUGCUUGCGCAUCGUAUCCUCAUCCACGCCAACGAGGAACUGCGGCAAUUCAUCUCUUUCUCCAAUUGGCUUCGUUUUGAAAUUCACGUCCUAAACAUCGAGCCUCUGUCGCAGACAUUGGAGGACAUGCAGGAGAAAAGAGACGGGCUUGAAGUUCCUACUACUGUGAAAUACAUUACCGGCGCGUUGACUAAGAGUGCUCUACGCAGCUUCAUCCGUCAACUUCCCAUGAUGGGAGUUGCUCAACCCCCUGCACCACCCACUGAUAAGUGGCUGCCAGAUGGACACGACCGCUCGUUCUAUGACACCUUCAAGUCGCUUCUUCAACAGCAGCGUUCGGUUCUCAAAAAGGGUGGUGAUUGUACGUCAGUGGAGACGCCUAAGCUCAAUGACUUAACGAAGCGGCUGGGCAUCCAGUUCGAGAAGGUCUUUGAAGAGAUUGCUUUGACUCAACGCAGGGGAAUCCUCCACCACUCGCCUUUGACGCUUCACGCUGAUUGCGAUCAAGGGGUUAUCGAUCUUACAUUCUGCUACGAGGAUGGUGUUGAAGGCCCGCAUUGCGCGAUAUACGUCGCUGCCCGCUCAGUUACAUCAAAACAUCAAGUUUAUCUCUAUCGCAUUGUCCUCGACUCAAUCAGUGGCGUCAGCUCGACCAGAAGCACCUCCCUCGCAACCCUCAAUCUACAAGGUGGCGAAGUCCGCCAAGUCCAAUUCGUAACCGACAAUACACUCAUGAUCCUCUGGCGUGAUAGCAAAGGAUCCUCCCACCUCCUCAACUUCCCCUUCCAGCCCGUCUCAGCACAACCCCAUGAGGAGGCAGACCUAUUACCAUCCAUUCUUGACUAUGUCGAGUGUGACAGUAAGCCAUCUGGCCUGUCGCCCAAUACUUCGGCUACGACACUAGAUCUCUCGCCUGAAUCUCCUCAUGCCGAUGUCAUUGUUCAUCGCUUUGCCCUACAUGGCCCUAAAUCAAGGCCCACCCAUGUCGAUGUCAACGGACGGAAAGGACGGCGCGCUGUUUGUGUUUUGUAUGGCGAUGCUAUGCGCUAUGAGGUUCUGGACUUGGAUGCUGCCAUAGGAGAAGACGAGGAAGAGGAGGAAGAGGAGGAAGAGGAUAUUGAAGAGGAAGAAGAAGAAGGCCAAUUUAGCGAUGCAGAGAAUAAUGAGAACUAG